AUGACGAACCUUGAUACGGUCAGACAUGAUAAACUGCCACAACCCAAGGCUGAUCUCGAAAAGAGUGCUGUUGGACUCUUAAUGGAUGAUGGUGACUUCGUUGAGGAUCGGCUCAUUAAGAAAACGAUGUGUGGCCCACGAACGCACCGUUUGGUUUCAUAUUACAGUGCUGAUGAUGAACUGGCAAAAGGAACACUUCAAAUACCUUCAAAGGAUCCCAAAUCCUCUACCUUACAAAUCCGACUAGAGAUUGUUGAGCAACACAAGGUACCAGUCGGUGAUGAUAGACGAGAUUUCAAAGUACACGAGCUUUCUCCCAACAUUAUUUACCCACGUUCCCCACACAAUCGCAAGGGCGGUACUGGCAUGCCUGCACCUAACUCGUACAAUUCCACGUGCUGGCAUGCCUGCAUUUAA